AUGUCGUUCGAAACCGGUGAAUGGUCUCUGGCCAAAGACAAGGAGCUCAUCGACAGGUUGGAAAAGCACUCUGCCGAGUUUCUGGCGCCCCUCGCGGACGUUCCGAAAGAGCUCGAUCAGCUGACUACCGAAACAGCUCAACUGAACUUGUUACUGCAGAAUGUGGUCGGAGACUUGAACACGCUCUCUGAGAAGCGAUUCAUUGAGAAUCGUGUCGCUGAAGCUCAAGAUGAAAAAACUCCCCCAACCCCCGAGCCCGAAGCGAAAGCUGCUUCGGAAGAAGAGCUCCGAGAAGCCGUUCGAACAGGGUUGAAAGCGUUCGGUUUGCUCCCAGUGGAAGAACUCUCUGACGACGACGACCGUGAGACCGGCUACGAAUGCUUCGCACGAGAUCGACCGUUUUCGUUGAUCAUCGGCAGCAAGCAAUGGCUGGAGGCUGAUCCGUUUGCGGGUCUCACUCCCGUAGACACGUUUUCCGUCUGCAGCACGCCGAUUUCCGAAGCCAUGGAGGAUCUAGUCCUGCCGUCAACUACGUCGCCGGUGGCAAGCGAUCUCAUUGAAGAGGCCACCGAGGCUGAGACCUGGUACCAGAAGGAGAGGGCUUCCAUUUCUACGCAGGGGACCGCGCGACCCUUGGAUUCCGACAGUGAAUCGUCUGUGACAUCCGCUGUUCCGAAAAAAACACCACUGGCUCCCUCGCUGUCAGAUUUUACGGGGUCGAGAAAACCCCGCGGUCUAUUCGACGACGACGACAGUGAUGAUGACGGCGACUUGUUCGGGGUAUCGAGGAAACCGUCCGUCUCCUCGGUGAAUCGACGGGGCUCGCGCUCGUCCUCGUCCCAGGCAUCGCCACAACCGACGAACGUGGCCCCGGUGGCGACUACGCCGCAGGAGGAAACCACCCCACGAGAGCGCAACGACAUUCCGAAGCCUGUUUCUUUCCUCGAGGAACUCAAAAAGAAAACGGGUGGUAGACUUCCGGGAGAUCAACAAAACGUCAAGUCUCCUCCUCUGACGCCCACGAAGUCUGAGACCGCGGAGAAAGUGUCGUCACCGGCACCAGGACCAUCGUCGAACCAAGAGCCUCUCGCACGAAAAAAGAACUCGAUAUUCGACAGCGAUUCGGAAAGUGAUAUUUUCGUCCCGAAAGCAAAGCCUCCAAAAUCGUUUUCGGAACAGAACUCGGAUUCUCGUUUUCGCGGUAAUACGUUGCCGUCCCAAAAGGAAGGUGGGCAAUCAGGUGACGAUCCGCAGAAGCCGAAAAAAGUUCAACCGGAUUCGCGGCUUCGAACGAAACCGUCGCUGUUCGACAGUGAUUCGGGAGAAGACGGACCUGGAGCCGUACCGAAAGCUACCGCAGAGCAAGCCUUCACGAAAGUAAGUUCGCCGUUGGAUAAAACGACGCAGGCCCUGCCGAAGCUUCCAAAGAAAAACUCGCUAUUCGACGACAGUGAUUCGGAUUCUGAUAUUUUUGGGCCUCUGAAGAGAACGACGCAGAAACCCGCCGAGAAAUCUCGAGUCGAUGCGGCGAUUCCAGAACAAGCUGAGUCCGCCCAGAUUGUCAAGCCAAAAGAGUUCAGAGGCGUGCGAGUACUGCCACAGAUUCCGGUGAAACUCGGAAGCGACAAGGAAGUUGAUCGAGAAAAAAGGAAGUCGUUGACGCCGACGAUCGACCUCUCUGCACCGGUAGCGAGCAAGCCUCAAGUCCAAUCCUCUUCGAAGCCCACGAUCGAACCCCGAAGUAGUGAUUCUGAAGACGAGACUACCAAAUCCAAAGUGAAGCCAAUCGCGACUCGACCACAACAAUUCGCUCCUAAAUUGCCAAAUCCAUUUGGUGACUCGGGUAGCGACGAUGAUCUGUUCGGGGCGUCCCCUACCAUCAAGAAACCGUCCGGAGCUGAAAAAACAGCAGCAAAACCUGAGACAAUCAAGAAAGUACCUGAAGUAGCGUCUUCCGAGAAAGGUUCGGAUAACCCCUAUUCAGCUACGACUAUAAGUGGAAAAGAGGAAAUUCCUACUCUGAAAAAGUCUAUUGACUUACCGCAGACACAGGAGCUCCCCAGAGAUCCUUCUCCGGAAUUAUUCGUAGACCCUCUCACGUCAACGGAAUCUGGACGAGCGAAAUCGAGCGACCCAACAGCAGUGUCCAAAGAAGAGCGCGCUCCGGAAACGAAGUUGACCGAGAAGCCCAACAUUGGCAAAGCCAAGCUGUUCUCCACAGAUAGCGAGUCCGACGAGGAUCUGCUCCUGAAACCCAAGUCACCAGCCCCCACAGCCGGCGAUCGGGCAGGUUCCCUGGACACGGGCAAGAAAUCGAUAAUUCCCAGAAGCAAGGAGCCUGAGGACACACCGACGGAGAGCCUUCAACAGACCUCUCGAUCCGAGGCUCAGCAAUCCGGUCUCGAGUCGCGACCAGAUCCUCCGGCGGGAAGAGAAGGACGAGUCGACUCCCUUCCAGAUUCGGUGUCCCCAGCCGAAGACGAACCUGUCAAAACCAUGGCCGAGAAAAGCAACGCAGUCAAGAAGAUCGGCAUGGGCCUACCCGCUGGACUCCUGCAGGGGCUCAAGGCGCGCCAGCAACAAUUAGGGAUAGCUAAGCCUGAGGCGGGAAUCCGUGAAUCCGCUUCCAACGAAAAAACUCCGGAAGCCCGACCGGCGGCAAUAACUACAGGGUCACAAGUAGAUGAUAUCGUGGCCAUGAGGAGCGAUCACAAAGAUAUCGUCGAAAUAGCCAAAGCAAGAGCUCGGGGGCCGAGCGGUCGUAGACCCCCGACCCGAUCAGCCGCCAAGAAAAAAGAGCCCGUCCAAAGCUCCGGGGAAGCCCUGCCCCAAGCGGCGGUAGAUGCACAAGUCAAAGUGCCUAUUAUUCUUAAAAGACCCGAACCUGUACCUGGAGAGUCAAUCGAAAGGAUUUCCGCUGGAAAAAUCGAUGAAACCGUGGACCAAAGGGACAAGGGGAACUCUGAGCCGGUUGUCAAACGUCCAUCUUCGGAGGAGGAACUCGCUCAGAAGAAGACGCAGACCGUGGAAGAUCCCCUCGCUUCUGCCGAUGUGCCGGAGAAAGAGUCGAGACCUUCUGGAUCGGAUGUCGUACAGACAGCGACCGAACCGGGUAAAGCGAUGCCGAAGCCUGAGACAGAAAACAAAAAAGAGUCGCGGGAAGACCCACGACCGAAAACCAAGUCCAUAUUCGCUUCAGACAGUAGUGAUGAAGACCUAUUUUCGCCGAAAGCUCCUCCUCGCAAGAAAAGUAUCCCCAAGGAGAAUAUCAUUGUGCCUCCGGCCGCCAAAGGCUCAGUGCCCGUGAAGGACGAUCCGCUGUCUGCGUCCUUCGCCUCCACUGCAAGAGGAUCAACUGGAGGACCUACUCAACCCGUCGCCCCGAAGCGAGCGGAGAAGUCGGUGCCACAAAAGGAGAAAACGGAAGCGAAGUCUCCACAGAUACCGGCUUCCGUUCUGUCCAAAAGUUUAUUCAGUGAUUCUGAAGACGACGACGACGGAGCAUCUCUCUUCGGUCCGAAGAAGCCCAGAGCUCUCCCGAAAUCUGCUACGACUUCCACACUGAGCGCUGUGAAAGCGGAGAAGCCAAAGCUGACUCAAUCGAAGAGCUCAUCGGCGAACCUCUUCGGUUCGGACUCGGAUUCCGAUGAGUUAUUCAAGAAGAAAUAACAGGACAUGGUCUAUUUAUGUUUCCAUAGUACAUAUUUAUCGUCGAUUCGAGUCGCACCAAGUUUUACUCGAUGGAUCAUUUACCUCUAUGAAGCGUUUUUCGGCUGAGCUCGUGCGAAGUCGAGGCGAGAAAAGAAGACACCGUUUAAUAAACUGUUGAAUUGUUGUUGUUAUUA